GCCUGCCUUUACCUACGCGCACAUGCAUGCACGGACGCACAGAAACAGACCCUGACAUACACACAUACACACACACACACACACACUCGGCGAUCCAUCGCUCCGGUUUUCUGCUGCCUUCACAUGCGUCCCGACCGACUCCGCGUAGCGCUGGCUGCGCCAAGAUGAGCGAUGGUCGUCCCGGUACCAUCUGAACGUCUCACCGCCUGACUGACCCAGAGCCGGGGACAGAGAGAGAGAGCGAGUGAGAGAGAGAGAGAGAGAGAGAGAGAGAGCGAGAGAGCGAGAGAGAGAGAGAGAGAGAGAGAGAGCGAGAGAGAGAGAGAGAGACCGUCUUCCCUCUCUCACAACCCAUCUUCCCUUCGCUUGGAAGAGACCGCAGCGCAAGCCGUUUCUUUCGGCACCUUUCCUUUUUUUCAUCCCCCCCUCUCCUCCUCCUCCUCCUCCUCCUCCUUUUUCUCGCUGCAUCCCUCCGUUACUGUCGGUCUCUCGGUUUACAGGGGAAACCGAAGAGCCCCGUCGUGAUUCUGUGGAAAUACAUUUUUGCAUUUCUUUUCCCUGCUGGGUGUUGGUAGCGCGCAGUUGGUGCGCGCCUCUGCAAAUUCCGGUGAAUGGUGGAUUUGGCAAACAUGGAGACCGUGGAGAAGGAAUGCGGGGCCCUCGGGGGUCUAUUCCAGGCGAUUGUCAACGACAUGAAGUGCUCCUAUCCUGUGUGGGAGGACUUCAGCGCCAAGGCCACCAAGCUCCAUUCCCAACUCCGAACCACUGUUCUGGCUGCUGUGGCCUUCCUGGAUGCCUUUCAGAAGGUGGCGGACAUGGCUACCAACACCAGAGGGGCAACCAGAGAUAUCGGCUCAGCUCUGACCAGGAUGUGCAUGAGGCAUCGCAGCAUUGAGGCCAAACUUCGCCAGUUCACCAAUGCUUUGAUGGAGAGUCUGAUCACUCCUCUCCAAGACAAGAUUGAGGACUGGAAGAAGACUGCCAACCAGCUGGACAAGGAUCAUGCCAAAGAGUACAAGAGGUCACGCCAUGAGAUCAAGAAGAAGUCAUCUGACACCAUGAAACUACAGAAGAAGGCUCGUAAAGAGAUCCAGGGGCGAGGGGACCUGCAGCCCCAGCUGGACAGCGCCAUGCAGGAUGUGACCGACAUGUGCCUGUUGAUGGAGGAGACAGAGAAGCAGGCAGUGCGCCGCGCCCUGGUGGAGGAGAGGGGUCGCUUCUGCACCUUCAUCGGCUUCCUUCAACCAGUCGUGAAUGGAGAGAUCGCUAUGCUGGGAGAGAUAACCCACCUGCAGGCCAUCAUCGAUGACCUCACUGUGCUGACAACUGACCCCCACAAACUGCCCCCUGCCAGUGAACAGGUGAUUAAAGAUCUGAAGGGGUCAGAUUACAGCUGGUCCUAUCAGACCCCUCCGUCAUCCCCAAGCAGCUCUGGCUCACGCAAGAGCAGCAUGUGCAGCAGCGUCAACAGCGCCCACAGUAGCGCCUCCCGUUCGUCAGGGGGAGGCGGUAGUGGUGGCAUUGGUGGCGGUGGUGGAGGCUCUCUGCCCCACUCACCGACCUCCUCCUCCUCCUCCUCCUCCUAUCGCUACCGCAGCAGCUUGCCACACCAGCCUCCGCCACCAGGGGGCAUCGCGGCCCACCGCCUCAGCAGCGUCUCCUCUCACGAUUCAGGCUUCGUCUCCCAGGAUGCAAACAUCUACUCCAAGCCCCCCUCACCCAUGCCCUCGGACAUCACCAGCCAGAAGUCAUCCAGCUCAGCAUCAUCAGAGGCCUCAGAAACAUGCCAGUCAGUCAGUGAAUGCAGCUCCCCCACCACUGAUUGGUCCAAAGCAGGUCAGUAUGAGCAGCCAGUGGCUGCAGCAGCAGUUCAGAGGAGAAAGGAACCUCUCGACAGGCUGAGGGAGAACGAGGCAUCACCAAGCUCCCAGGGCUACGCUGGACCAUCACACGCUGAUGACGGGCAGAGGCCCAGGAUGAAUCCGGCUACCAUCGCUGCCAAGCAUGGAGAGGAGAUUUCUCCAGCAGCCAGUGACCUGGCCAUGGUGCUGACCAGAGGACUAAGUAUGGAGCAGCAGAAAAGCAGCAGAGACUCCCUGCAGUACUCCAGUGGCUACAGCACAGAGACCACAACCCCGUCCUGCUCUGAGGACACAAUCCCUUCACAAGGUUCAGAUUAUGACUGCUACUCAGUGAACGGGGAUGCUGAAGGCCCAGAUGGACAGACCGAGUUUGACAAGUCCUCCACCAUUCCUCGCCACUCCAACAUCGCCCAGAACUACCGGCGUAUGAUCCAGACCAAGAGGCCAGCCAGCACGGCUGGUCUACCCAGCGGGGUGCUCGGCCCUGGGGGUCAUGGCAUACCAGGACAGCCUGGUGGAGCUGGUGGGGGUGGAGUAGGGACACCAGGCACUGCCACCAUCCGCCGAACCCCAUCUACCAAACCAGGUGUGAGGCGCACCCUGUCCAACGCAGGGCCCAUCCCUAUUCGACCACCCAUUGUGCCUGUCAAGACACCUACUGUUCCCGGAGACUCACAUUCGCCUGGUGCGGGUGGUAGCGGGUAUGCAGGUGGAGGGCAUCCAGGUGGCGUGCCUGUGCGUGUGGGCAGCGAGGAGUGCGUGUUCUUCACUGGAGUCGAGGAUGCACAGGGAGCGCUUGAUUAUGUGAAGGCAUCACCCAAGCGCCUCAGCCUGCCUAACACCGCCUGGGGGUCAGGGGCAGCAUUAGAGGUCUACGCCCAGCAGCAUGGGGGCCUUGCAAUGGGAACAGGUUCAGGAUCAGAGGAGGAUCAGAUGAUCGCAGCGAAUCGGCACAGCCUAGUGGAGAAGAUUGGCGAGUUGGUAGCCAGUGCGCAUGCCCUUGGAGAGGGGCAGUUUCCUUUCCCCGCCCUCCCUGAUGACCCAGCCCCGCCGCCAACUGGCUCCAUCGAUGCUCAAACAGGGACAGAAGGGGCAGAGGGGUCCGGUGACAUGUUGACCACCAUCAGGAGAGGAGUCCGACUUCGCAAGACCGUCUCUAAUGACCGCUCGGCGCCGCGCAUCUUGUGAUUGGAGUAGAAGCAGAAAGGGGAAGAUACUUGUCAGCCAAUAGGGAGUCAGGUGUUGGUGUGGUGCAACCCAACCGCCUAGUACAUACACAAGAACUUAACCAUGUAGGGAAAUCUAUAAUAUAACAGAAGAUGAAUGAAAACAAAACAUACACAAAAAAUAAGUUUAAAGACACCAUUAGAGUAAAUGAUAUAUAAUAUAAUGAUAAUAAUAACAUUAAUAAUGUUAACUCAUGCUGACAAUUAAAGUUAAAUACUGAAUAUUGACAGGCUCCUAGCAGGCCACUAUAACUAGUGUGUGUUGGACGCAUGUUUCUCUUCUCUACACCCUCACCCAGGGAUGGAAAGACUCAUAGGAAGAACUGAUACGAUUUAAAAAAGAGGUAAAGACAGAGAGAAAGACUGGGUUCUGUUUGCCAACUUACUGCACACCCUUCCCCAUCCUCUUCUCCAACUAACCCGACUGUCUAAUCCUACAUGAGAGACUGAUGACUGAAGGAGGGGCCAGUGGGGGCAAGAGAGAGGGCGGGGCAUCAGAGUGCCAUCUGACCAGCUGGAUUUGAACCCAGGCUGUCUCAGCAGCAACACACUGUACUUAUUAGCCCACUGAACUGAAGCUUUGGUAUUAGCACGGGGAGCUAACAAGCCAGAGGGCUCCUCUGGUUCAUCCUAAUGUAGAACAGUCUUUAAAAAAAUACUGUUGGCAUUGAACCGUGCUAGUGCCCCCUUCCCCUCUCUCUCUCUCUGUGCGUGUAGUGUGCGAGUGCAUUCAUGUGUAUGCACGCGAGCGAGUGUGAAAUGUGAGUGUGUGUGCACGUGAUUGAUCGUGUGUGUGUGUGUGUGUGUGUGUAUGUGUGUGUGCGAGGGGGGUGGGUAGAGCUCUGCUGCAGGACAGCUGGUUACCCAAUGAGGGCAGGGCUUUUCUCCUGUGUGUUGUGCGUGUAUUUUCUUGUUUAUAUCGUGACGUCAUUUACCUUGUUACCACUGUACGAGAAGUUACAAGAAGUAAUCCAGGCGUAUAGAUAUAUUCAUAUAUAUUUUCUAGAACCAGAGAGAAAAUGUUAAUCAGAAAUGGAGCAAUAAAUGUGUUUUAUUUUCUUGUUUCGAGGAAGAGGAUCGAUGGAGGAUUGCAGGUUCUCCUUUGUCACAUUCAGGCAAUCAUCAGGAAUGCUAAAAUUACACAUCGACUGUGAAUUCAUGCCUCGCUGGUUUUGGCGUGUGUCUCUCUCUCUCUCUGUCCCUGUCUCUUUCCAGUGGAGGAAAUGGAUUACAAAAAAGAAAAAACAAAAAAAAAAAAAGGAAAACUGUAAGCACUUUGAUAGGUGGUAGAGUAUGUGCAGUGCAAUAGCCACUAGGUGUUGCUGUAGUCAUACUGUGUAAUAGAGAGAGUGAAAGUGAGAGAGAUGGUUGCCAAUAAGACCGUGUCCUGAGGAAAUGAUUUAAUUUGUAGAAGAAGAAGAAGUAGGCAGACAGGCAAAGAGGAAGUGAUAAAGAAUGGUGGAAUUGGAGUGAUUGGUUACAUGACAGAUGGGUUAAGAAAGUAGAGCAACAUAUUUAUUUAAAACAGGAUUGGACGUCAAGCCAUCACCUGCUGUGGGUUGUGAAUAGUACUGAAGCUGUUUAUGAUGUGGCUGCACUGGGAUCUGAAGGAAGACAUAAAAAUACAUGGCACAAAUAGCUCAGACAUAUUUUCUCACUAACCAUGCAGAUAGCUUUGGUUUUAUUUGCCCAGGUUUUGACAUUUCAGCCACCACUCCAGGUUAACCAAUAUGAAUGGAAUUUGUGAUAUUAUUUUUUUUUUUAAAUGACAUUUUAAAAAAUGAACGGCAACUAAUCUUCUCAGAAACAAUGUCCUUGUCACUUUGGAUCAUCUACAGGCCCCAAUUUCAUCAGAACUACCUUCAACCACAGAGACAGCCCCCUGAAAACCUUUUGACAGCGCCAUUUUGUAGAUCAGGCAGGGUAACAAGAACACUGAACAUGGAAAGACACAUCGCUUGAAUCGUUGAAUUUUUCAAAUGACAUUUUCCAACUCUGUGAGCACCAGAAUUUCAAUCACAUUUUUCUCCAUUGUACUGAAGUGGAGGCAGAAAUCUACAGGAAUCAAAAUCUGGGCAAAUUAAACCAAAAUUAUCUGCAUGCCUAGAAAACACUAGUAGUAAAUGAGAGAAUAUGUUUAUCUGUCAUUUGGGUGAAACAACCUCAAUAUACAUUAACAAAAGACUUGAAAUGUAUUUGCACACGUAGAUGGAACUGAUGCAGAAAUGUAUUUUCAGUGUACAAACACUGUACUGUAUAUUACAAAGUAUUUUUCAGCCAUGUUCAUGUGCAAAUACAUUUCAGCACAAAGGAUUAUCUGCAAAUAUAUUCUUACCAGUACUGUAUUUUUGCAUUUUGGGAAAGGACAGUUAAGUGUUAAACAUAGCUGAACAACGCUAUUUUGCAAUUCUGUGGUAAGAAUAAAAAACACAUCACCUAGCACUAAUGUUACCAUAGGAGACAAACAAUACUGAAAAGUGUGAAUGAAUUCUUGUAGGAACAUAAUAGUUUGUUUUUUUUGUUUUUUUCACUUGUCACCAUAUUGCUCUGUCAAUGUCUGAUGGCUGAUUCGUGUUUACGCUGAUGAUGUUUGAGCUACAGGCAGGACAUAAAGAAAGCACAGGUACAAUUGUUUGUUGAUGAACAUCAUCAAUUAAAACUUAAAAAAAAAACAUUGAGACUAGCAUUUAUUCAGUCAUAAGGAAUGAAUGUAGCUUCAGGAUGCUGUGUGAACACAUAAUGUGCUGUCAAAAUCUUUUAGAAUUUACCGGACUACUCCAGUUUGAUUCAGCUCAGCUCAGUGCAAAUAUAACCAAGUUCAGCUCAGGACACGGCUGUAUGAAAGAAUUAUUUAUGGACAUUAAAAUGGGAGAAUAGGUGAUUCGCUCGCUGAUGACAAAGAAAGAUUUAAAUUAGACUUUGAAAGCUGACAGAGAGAGAUGUGUGGAAUGAGCAUUUCACUGCCUGUUCAUACAAUAUGUACUGUAUGUGCUGUACUUGUAAAUGAGAAUCAGGCGCACAGAUUUGGUAUAAAGGUUUGUUAGAAAAUAUUACAUGGGUUAUUCAGUUUUAUUAUAUAUUUUUUCUUUCUGCAGUACUGUUUGAGUAUUUAGUCUUACUUUUAAAUAAUGUAAAAAGAAGAAAAACCCCAGCUGUAACACAAACUACUAAGCUGUGUAACAUACGGAUGUAGGAUGUGUGGGCUGAGAGUGAGUGCAUCCUUGUUUGGCUGUUGAACUGUAGGCUAGUGAACUCUUCAUCAACAUGUCUGUAUGCUCUAUUAGCAGUGACCUGAACAUAGCCAGUGACAUCAACACUCAUACAUGCUCUUUUUGUGGACUUAUUUCUAUUUUUUGCCUCGAACAGAGCACUGUUUUAGACCUAUUUCUGGCUGUUUUAAAAGAAAAUUAGGAUGAUUUAAUUAAAAGAGAUGGAGAGGAGAAUGUUCGCAAUUUUUAAACAUUGUCACCCUCUGUGAGCACGCUAUUUUGUUGAACUUUAAAACAGUGCUUCAGUAAGGGGAGGUUUAUUUUUUUUCCUGGGGGGAACUACUGUAUGUGUGUUGUCACAUGCGGAUGCUGUGUGUUGUAUCAGCUGAACAUGACUGGGUGAGAGGGUGGAAGGGGAGAGCAGCGGGCUUGGACUCCAUCCCCCCAAAAACAUAUUUUGGGUGAGGAGAAAUGUUUCUGAAGAGUUUGUGUCAGACCGCCUGUCAAGGUCACACUGUACGUAUGCUGAAUGUACUACAAGGUGAAGGGGGACAUGGAACUGUUUGACUUGCUUGAACUGUUGCAAUGUCAGAACCUUGUUCUCGUACAACUGAAUGAAGUUUCCAGUUUAACUUGCAGGAAAGCAAUAGAGGGGUAGUGUGCAUGUACGUACAUUCACAUUGAUGUUCCAGUGUGGGUGUUAUAAAGGAAAAUAUCAAUGUUUUGUCCAUUCUAGGAUACUUGUGUUCCACAUCUAAAACCUGUCCCCUAUGGCAUGGAUCUGAUGAUGUAAUUUGGAGUUUAGAGACCCUUUACUAAACAUCCAAGAACACUGCAAGAGCCAAUGCUACUAGUCUGAAUGUGUAUGUGUGAGCCUGUCCUCCCAAGAAAAAACGACACUAUAGGUCGUAAAUUCAGUGGCCAAAAACAACCUAUAGUUACGUUUGAUUUACAGACGCCAUCUAGCAGCCAUAGAUGGCAAAAAGUGGCCAAAGCUAUAGGAGACUACUGUUUGAGACCACUGUUCACAUCCCAUUUCCAUCUCUCAGUGUCAACCAUCGGGACAUUUUUACCGUAUUUGACUGCAUUCAUAACUGUAACAUAGUGUUUACUGUUGCUGACGGUUGCCACGUUUUACCAUAUUUCAAGUGAUCAUUUUAACCCAACCAUGAUCUUUUCCUAACCCUAAACAAGCGUUUUUUGUUCCUAAACCUAACCAGACCUUAACCAUAGCAUUGUCACAUCAUAAAUCAUAAUUACUUUGUAACAGCGUUUUGUAAAGCGGCAUAUUAUGGUCCUUCUUUGGAAAGUGGUAUAUUACGCUCCUAUGGGUUGUUCUGGAGUGCAGAUACAAAUGAUCUAUGUGGUCGUUUCAUUUGGAGGACUUGUUGGUAUGUGCUGUAUGUGCAAACAACUGAAUUCACUGCCAGUUACCUACAGAGAGUUAUUGCUUGAAUAAAAGGUUUAUAAUGCCCCACAGACACAGACACACUGCUUACAGUAAUUCCAAAUGAUGGAUAACAUCUCAGGACAAGACAAGAACACUAUAACUGUAGGGUUUUCAUACUGAAUGGGAUCUAGAGAGAAUCAGGUCAAACUGCACAUGACCUGUCAUGCUACAGGACGACUGGCUUUAGGAUGAGUGUGACAUGAGUGUGGGACACAACAUUGCUAUUUUCCUUUAAAAUUCCCAGUUAACAGCACAAGAAGUUAUCUAACUAAACAAUAAUGUCUUUUUUUUAACAUGCUGAAUUAACUGUGUACUGAACUAACUGUCUGAACAAGCUGAAAUAACUACUCCGCUACAGAUGUGUCAAUAUGCCCAUUUUUAUUGAGUGUAUGUGUGUAGAAGUAGGCCUACCAGCAUGUGGGCAAAGCAGGAGCUACAAUGAAAAACAGGACAUUCUGUAGGAACAUACACACAGCACAUGGCCAGAUUUACAUGCGUGCAGGCAUGCGUGCGUACACACAAACACACACACACGCACACACACACACACACACAUACAAAUCCCAUCUUCAUUUACUGAGCACACUGCACAGUCUUAACUACAGCAUGUCCAAAAGGAACAAACACUGUAAAAGUAACAUUUUAACCUUCAUUUCACAAUUUCAUUAAGUUAAAAGGUCAAGAUAUCCCAUCUUCAUUUUCUGUGAAAUUACUACAUUUUAAAUUUCUUUUGGUAUUAGCUUUCUUGGUGCCUAGCAAGGCUAGCACACCAGUUAGGCAACAAUUGGACUCAUGGAAACCUGGAAGAUGGUACACUUAUGUCAUGUUACAGCUAGUUAUAUACAAACUUGAUUAAAAGAUGAAAUAAUGACCUUGUCUUAUAUACAUACAGGUAGUGCAGACUAUGGUGCUGUUGAUUAUUGGGCACAGUAUGUGACAGAUAUCAGCUUAUAGACUUUCAAAUGUUGACAGAAAAGUUUUUAGGAGAUACACUCACUUGCUUUCUUGUCCAGAGUGAGAUGAGAACAUUGAUACCACUCUCAUCUGUCUGUUAAAUUUGAAGCUACAGCUGGUUUUCUUAGAUUAGCUUAGCAUAAAGACUGAAAACAAUAAGAAACAGCUAGCUUGGCCUACCUGCACCUUUACAUUUCACUAACAUGCUAUAUCUCAUUUAUUUAAUCCAUGCAAAAACUGAAGUGUAAGUGUAAGUGUUAAGGGGAAAUACUCUGGAUGAUUUUGUUGCCUGACAACCUCAUGAUAGCGAAAAAGUGUAUUUCCCAAAAUUCUGAACCACUCUUUUAAUGUUUAAUCAAAACUUGUGAUACCCUUUUUGCAAUGGUCGGACCAUGGUGGGAUCAAGGUGUAAAUACUCAACAGCACCGUUGUCUGAACAGUCUGGAACUGUAUGAAAACUGCCAACAACUCAUGUCUCUGACCAACUAAUGUGGGGUAUGGAGGAAGCAAAGAAAACUAAAUUUACAUAUCCUCUGAUUCUAAACUUCUCCAACAGCUCUUCUUUUUCCAAUAUUCCUCUUUCUUUUCUUGCAUACCCCUGAACUUCCAAUCACUGGUUAAUACACCCAGGGAUGCCUUGCUGACAAGUUAAAAAACAACGCUUAUCAUGAUGAGAGUCCCAUUGGCUGUAUUCUGUCUCUCGAUACCUCGCAACCCAUCGAAACUAAUGAAAAAUAAUUCUAAUAAAGUCUUCAUUUUCACCACAGUCCACAGUGAAUAUGAGCUCAGCUCUGUCUCUCUCUCUCUGUCUGUCUCCCGUUCACUCUCCUCCCUUCCCUCUCACAAUGUGUGUGUGUGUCAGUAUCCAUGUGUGCCAUGGUCUAAAUGUAUGUGUGUGUGUGUGUGUGUGUGUCUGUAGUUGGUAAUGGCUAAUGGGUGGCAUCAUUAUGGCUCCAGAGUGUGUUGUUCAAAGAAGUGUUGUAAGCGUUAGCUAGAGUAAACUUCUUCCUGCUGUAGUAACAUGAGCUGGUUUCAAGGCAAGCAGCUGGAAUCUCAAUGCUAGAUUAAAUUUUAAUUCAUUUUGAUCAGGCUUUUUAAGACAUCUUUUUGGCAUCAUCUCAGAGGCAUCUUAUUUUACUUUGUUGGGUUCUUGGUGUGCUUCUUUCAAAGACACCUACAAUAUGCAAGUUUGAUUUUAGUAAUCUCCUGGUGUGUAAAGCACAAGGCUGACUGCCAAAUCUACCUUAGUUUAACAAAUGAAGAGUGCUGUUACUUCACUGAUGAUUACUUAAACACAAGUAAACCUACUAAAGUAAAAAUCAACUCUAAUUAAAACUAACUUUUGCUGAAUAGGGCCCAUUGUGGCCUCUAGUGAUAAUUAUAGCUUAAUGUUAAUUGCUAACAAUUUACACUUAAAACAAGCUGAAGGAGUCAUUAAACCAGAAAACUGAUUCAGUAACAUUGGUCACAAUGCUAGCUGCUGUAUAGAUAGGCAACAGUAUGCUAACCAGUUCACCAUAUCAACUUAAAAGGUAUGUUUACAGCUCAUUUCUGCUGCCUGCUGGUGGCCAAAAUAUUUGUUAUUUCAGGUUGAAGUAUUGUAAAAAAAAAAAAAAAACAUGAGAUGAAAGAGUCAGAGAGAUGAGGUGAGAAUUAGUGUUGCGUGUAUGUCAUCUUCACCAUAAUGUAAGAAUUAAGACAUGCAAUUUAAAAAAGUAAAAAAUCCAACUCCUUCUCUCUAAAGUCCCUGCUUCUUUACCAAUAGCUAUCAAGAGUUUUGAAUCAAGAAUGUUGACUUGUGUUGAGUGUCUCUAUCUACACUUUUCAUCACAAGUUUGACACUAUUAUUAGGGCUGAGUUUAAAACAAUUUCAGAAGUAGAUUUGAGAUCUCAGGGUAGGAGACUGUUGACUGCUAGCAUCUUGGUACAUUUGCCUCUUCGUUCUGAUUUACUGCCUCAGGCUACAGAUGCUUUUGUGUAGUGGUCUGCAUUUUUUGCCAAUAUCUGGCAUUUUCACUGCAUUUCAAAAUAUUUUUUAACAUUCCUUCAAACCAGUAACAACUCAAAUGACUUCAGAGCUCACCAGUGACCCAACAACUGACUCAACUGUUCCACAAUGUUUUUUGAGAAGUUCAUUUUGUAGACUUUCACAUCGGAUUUUGCUGUUGCCAGAAGUGAAAUGUAUUGAUAUUGAAUUUAAAUUGUAUCGAUACGGUAAAACAGAAGCUCUAGCUGCCUGGUGGUGCUUGAUGACCAUGAAAACACUGUUGAGUUUCCCUGGUUACUCAGAUUUAUAGGACAUUGGUGGACUUCCAACGUGAGCAUUUGCUUGCAGCGUGAAAACACCAGUAGAAAUCUAUAUCUCUUCAAAUGCAACACACUGAAACUUCCCGUCUUAAAUAUGAUGUAAAAAUACCACCCAUUUGAAGUAAGUGAAAUCAACCCGCUGUAGUUCUUUAUCUGACUGAUUCAAAUAAGAAAAGACUGUGUUGUUUAUGAUGAGAACAAAUGCAGCACUCUGAGUUUGCUUUAUAUAAAGCCCACUCCUUUAGCCAUCUGCCCAUACUGAAUGUGUCCUUCAUGUGUGUGCGUGCAUGUGUGUGUGUAUGUGUCUGUUGCACAAGGACACGUUGUUAAGACCCCCACUGUUCCUCCCUGUCACCUCCCACACACAAUCUGUCAAUCCUUCUUGCUGUCUGAUGCUAAGAAACCGACUACACACUCGCACAUACACACAGUACACACACUCAUCUGAAGCAAACAUGACUAAGGUAGAUUCUACGAAGCCACACGAGGGUCUGCUGAAAUCCCCCAGGGGAUCGUGAUGAAACACAUUGUAACUUCCUGUCAUACAGCCAUGCAGAACGGAGUGACCAAAGUGGCCUCCUGCUGCCAUUGUAACUAAACUGAAUGUCUUACUAUCAAUACUCCAGUUCUCGGUAGUGUCUGUUGUUCACUCGCUCGCUCUCUUACUCUUCUUCUUCCUCUGCAGACUCCAUCUGAACUCUACAAAGAAAUCUCUCCACCACUCACCAUUGAGGCAUUGAUAUAAUUUCUAUGUGGCCAUUUUGUUCAAAGGAUAACAUUGUGACGGAGUCAACAUCUGCUCUUAUGUUUCUGUACAAACCGAUCUUUUGCUCCUCUCUUCCUUCCCGAGUAGCCCUGCAGGCACUGUGGUCUUGUCUUUCUCUCUUCUUUCUGUCCCCUCCUCUGUUCUUCUUCUUUAAUUUAUUGUGAAUUGAUUUUCUAAGGUUCUUUCGCCUCUUGUCGCUGAUGAUAAGGUUUUAUUUUCUGUCUUCCUUUUUGUAAAAUUGACCCUUUUUUGUUAACUUUAGUCACUUGCUAAUGUAACAAAACGCACUGUGAUGAUUCCAGUAUUAAUAAAAGUUGUACUUAAACUGUG